AUGACAACGCGAAUCGAGAAUGUCCUCGCUGCUAGAGACGCUUCCCUUACAGAUGAGAAUGACUGGGAAGAGUUCGCCCUAACCGACGUCAAGGUUCUUGUCCCAGGCAAGACACGAUAUGCAAACGUCUUGUUUGCUUCGGUAAACAAUCCUGUUCGUGUCACAGGUCAAUUGGAAAUUGUAGAGGAAGAGCAGGAAGAGCUUGUCCUCGAUGACUCCUACCGAAACAAACGAGUCCUCAUUGAUAAUGUCACCCAUUAUGCCUACGGUCAGCACGACGAUGGCGAGAUCGGCUUGUGGGUUGCGGGCGUGGCAGGUUGGUUUUCUAUCUCGCCAGCCAGAGGAUAUAAACCGAUGUUCAACGAAAUGGUCGAAGCCAUUGAUCUUCUAUACUUUCUCGCGGAUAAGCACCAGAAGAGCCGGAAGCGGGGUAAAAAAUGGAACCCAAAAGUAGACUAUCUUUUUGAUGAGUAUACCAAGCAUACCAAUGGGACCUGCGAGGACGCGGAGGACUCAGCGGAGGUGUUCUACAAACACCACGAGUUCCUCAUUAACCAGAUGGUACGGGGUAAGGAGAAUGUGGAUUGGGCUUCGACUCCCAUUUAUGCUCACCUACGUGAACUGUAUCUGGAUGUAUUCGAGCGGGCUGAGGCAGCUGCUGACGAGGCCCAAGAGAAGAGUGAAUCAGACGAAGAAUCAGAUGUGUCACCCGAUGCUUCGGCCGUGGGAAGGGCCCAAGCUGAUACAAUUUUCGAGGUUGUUUUGGAUAUGAAAGACUCGGGCCUUCUCUCUAAACGUCGGCUUAAUGUGACAACUGUUGCUGAAACGCUUCUAAAACGAUAUGAAAUGAGUUCUCUGACAUAUGCUCUGGAUUUGAUCCGUGCAAGAGCUGGAUUUCUCAUUGAGAUGAUGGAAGACGCACAAACGGCGACUUUUGACUGGUCUCAAAAAGCCAUAUAUCGACAAUUAAAGGAUCUAGAAAAUUCAGGAAGUUUGCGGGAUAUCAGUGACACUCUCGCUACACUCUAG